UUAUACGGCGUCGUUUGCCAUAAGCAUUGUCAUCCCGCAGCGCAUCUAAACUUUCGAAGUUUAAAAAAUUCAACCCUUUCUCCGACCAAACUCAGAACCACGAUGGCCCUUUCUACAUCCUCCCUCACGUCUUCGUUUUCUUCUCUCACAUUUUCCUCUCAAAUUUCUCAGCAACCAAACACCUCCCUCUCAUCUAAGCAAUCUAAAUCCAUAUUUAUUGUGCCAAUAUUGAAAACUCCUAAACUUGUUGUAUCCGCCACAGUUGCUUCACCGGCUGAACUAGAAAAUAAAAACCCCGGGAACUACGUUAAAUCGCGACUUAGUGGUGGAUUUUCCGUGCCAACUAUAAUCGGAACUGGUCGCAGCAAAGGUACCAUAGCUCCUCUGGUCCUACAAAAAGGCAACGAAGAGGUUAUCAUCAACUAUCGUGACGCCGAGGAAAAUCUUCAAGGCGAUUCAUUGCGGCUACAGUGCGAGUGUUUUGAUUUCUACAAGGAUAUAAUUCCAUACAAAAAGGCGUGGUCCUGGCAAAAGAAAAUUGUUGAGGAAAAGAAGGCUUUGAUUGAGAGAAAUGAAGAAUGUCCAGACUCUUUGAUUAUUCUACAACAUAGUCCUGUUUAUACAUUGGGCACAGCUAGUUCAGAGAAGUACCUUAAUUUUGACUUGAAGAAUCCUCCUUUUCAAAUUUAUCGAACAGAACGAGGCGGGGAAGUUACAUAUCAUGGUCCUGGCCAGCUAGUUCUGUACCCUAUUAUCAAUUUGCGAAAUCACAAGAUGGAUCUUCAGUGGUACAUGAGGGCUCUUGAAGAGGUUGUCAUUCGUGUUCUUUUCUCAACAUUUUCUAUAAAGGCUUCUCGACUUGAGGGUUUAACUGGGGUUUGGGUUGGAGAUCAGAAACUGGCAGCAAUUGGUAUACGUGCAUCUCAGUGGAUUACAUAUCAUGGUUUAGCACUGAAUGUCACCACAGAUCUAUCACCCUUUAGUUGGAUUGUCCCAUGUGGUAUACAAGAUCGUCAGGUUGGAAGCAUAAAGAAGCUGCUUAAAAAAGAUCAGUCAUCCACUAAGGAAACAGACUUGGAUCAUCCUCAUGACUGCCACUUACUGGAUGUCACCCACGAUUCUUUGAUCAUGGAGUUUUCGGAAGUUUUUGAGGUUGAAGUCAGUAAGAAAAACGUACCCUUUUCAGAGAUUUCAGAGAAAAACUUCUAGCUCGUAUACUAAAGGUACUAUUAGUUCUCAACUUAACCCAUUAAUAUUAUAGAAAGAUAUUCUGUUGGACCUUUGUUUUUUAAGGACAGAUUAGGACGAUUGUUUACUGUAAUAGACUUCAGGAACUUACAUCGAAAGGGUAAUACAAUGUGAUUUAUGCUUGAUGAUGUGUAAAAAUGUAUCUUGUACUAUAUGGUAUAGUACUUACUGAAGUUAAUAAAUUAUACUCUUUAUUGGAA